GCAAUCUUAAUUUUUAGAAAUAGUGAUUACUCUUUAGGGAUGAUCGCAUUAAUUACAACGAUUCUCGGAUUUAGUAGGAUACACGUUACCGCAGAAGAGAAUAGCCAAGUGUAUUCAUCAUUGACAUUUAUUUGCGUGGACGGCACCGUAAUGCCAUUAGCGAAUGUUUGCGAUGGUAUCCCUCAUUGUCCGGACUCGUCGGACGAAGUCGGAACACUUUGCCGUCAUGUUGUGUGUCCCACUUAUAUGUACAGAUGCAAUUACGGUGCCUGCGUGAGUCGUACGGUGCGAUGCAACGGUCUGGUGGAUUGUAUGGACGCUAGCGAUGAAAUCGCUUGUGACCGAGGCGUUAAUGAUAUUUGUUCCGACAGAGAUUUCCAAUGUUCUACUGUUUAUCAAGAGUGCGUACCUUUCGUCGAGGUGUGCAAUGGCUACAAAGAUUGUUCGGACGGGAGCGAUGAGAAUGCGACAAUUUGUCGCGAAUAUACAUGUCCCGAGCAUACGUUCCGUUGUUCGUACGGAGGUUGCGUUCACCAGGAAGUGGUUUGCGACGGCGUGAAGGAUUGUGUCGACGGCACCGACGAAGACUCGAGCAUGUGCGCGACUGUCAAUUGUGAGGGUCACGAAUGUUUGCAAUACGAAUGCCGAGAUCAAGAAUUCACAUGCGAGAAUAGACGGCAGUGUCUACCGAUGACUAAAGUGUGCGAUGGUACUCGACACUGCGCAGACGCGUCUGAUGAAAGUGCAAAACUGUGCGAAGCACAUGAAUGUUCUGAAAAUUGGUUUCGUUGCGCUUAUGGCGGAUGCAUUCGGCCGGAGUUGAAGUGUAAUUCUCAACUUAAUUGUCACGACUGGAGCGACGAGGAUGAGUCGUUGUGCGGGAUAACGCUGCCCGAAGGUGCCUGUCGAUUGCCCGCCGCAAAAGCGGGGACCCAUUACAGCGUGAGCGGAUGCUCCAGAUGUCGACCGGGAGAAGUCGCUCCCGAGCUCACUCGUCUUGAUUAUGUCUGCGACGUCGAAGGCUCCUUGCAAGGUGCCAGUGAAAUUUACUGUCAAAAUAACCGAUGGUUUCCCAAUGUUCCGAGUUGUACCUUCAAGAAUGAGACGGAAGGAAUAACGUGUCCAGCGCCGUCUGAGGCGCAUGAUGCGAUUAGACGAUGCGAGGCCAUGUGGGGUCCUCACAAAGGGUGGCUGUCUUGUGAUCGGGCCCUCCCGGUCGGCACGAGAGUUUUUCUUGAAUGUCCAGCAUUUUAUGAGCGUCACAAAGGAUCUUCCAGUGCCAUGUGUCUUCACGACGGCACGUGGAGCCAAUCACUUUUGAGUUGUGCUCCUAUCUGUGGGAUGAGAGACUCCACAGCGGCAGCACUGAUUGUAAAGGGUUGGAGCGUUGAGAGGGAAGAGACACUACCGUGGCAAGCUACUCUUUUCUCGCACGAGGAUGGUCAGUGGAGAUUCUUUUGCGGCGGCACGUUGAUAGCAGAACACGUUGUGUUAACUGCUGGUCACUGCGUUUGGAAGACUGCUGCAGAUACGAUACGUGUCGCUUUCGGAAUUCUUUCGAGUGACUUAAAUCAAAUAGGAGAAAACGCGCAAGUAAUCGACGUGGAAAGCAUUGAGCUGCAGAACGCGUAUCAAGAUCACGAGAGUAACUAUGGCUCGGACAUUGCGUUGCUGAUUUUGAAAAAAGCUGUGAUUAUUAACACAGUUGUCGGACCAGCUUGCGUUCCUUGGGAUUCCGACGCGAUAUUAUUGGAAUAUCAGCGAAACAGUGGGCUUGGAUUAGUUGCCGGCAUGGGGCUAACGGAGAACGACACAUUUAGUUCAGUCUUGAGGGUAACUACAGUGAAAAUCAUUUCCGACGACGAGUGUCGUAAAAAUCAAAAUAGGGAUUUUCGAAAAUAUUUGACUUACACUUCCUUUUGCGCCGGAUGGGCGAAUGGUACUGGAGUAUGCAAUGGAGACAGCGGUGGAGGUUUGGUGCUUCAGCGACCGAAUUCCAGUGUCUGGGAAAUUCACGGAGUCGUUUCUGUGAGCCCACGGAAACUGGGUACUAGCGUAUGUGAUCCAAACUUCUAUACUGUUUUCACAAAGGCUUUUCAAGUAAAAACUUUGAAAAGUGGAAUACGGGUGAGUCCUGGAUUAAGUAUAACAACAUACGUGACUUACACGUUCAAAAGAACGUCUAUAUCGCGUGCAAUAAUUCCGAUCGAGAUCAAUGGAAAGAUUUUCGAUUAUCACGUGAUAUCUACCUUAGCCACCGAAUAUAUCAGCAUUGAACCGAAGUCAGUUGACUUUGGCACUAUCGACAUUGGCUAUUCAUCCGGUUUAAAAAUAGUAACAAUCCGUAACGAAGGAAACAAAAGUACCAGAUUCUUGAUCGAUCUCGGGCGAAAUGACCUAGACUUAAUGAUAAAACCUCUUCGUGGAAGAAUCAAACCACAAAAAGAAGUAAUACUUCAAAUUAAAUUAAUGGGCAUAAACAAAGGCAUCUUUUAUAGCGAAUUUUGGAUUAAGUCUACUCCAAAUAUACGCGUUCCCAUCAAAGUGCGUGUAAUCGUGCCAAAAUUGGUAGUUUAUCAUUCGAAUACGACUGGAGAUUUUACCCUCAUCGAUUUUCCACCUACGGUAGAAAAUACUUGUAGGUACGACACUUUUGUCCUGCGUAAUCUUUCGUCUCGAGCAUCCAGUUAUGUUGUCCUUGGUGAAAUUGGUAACGAAGUAAAAUGUAUUCCGGAUAUCGAUCGCAAGCAACAUCCGACUUAUAGUAUCUUUGAAAUUCAUCCCUUUGAAGGGCGAAUAGAUCCGUUUCAAGGUAUCAUCUUUGAAGUAAAAUUUUCACCAAUAAAUGUAUUAUCGCAACGGAGAAAAGAACAAGAGCGAAAACAGUGGAGAAAAUGUGAAAAUAAAUAUCCAAAUCAGAAGAAUACAGAUUUCAUGCAAUUUAUUAGAAUAGUCAGGGUACAUUGUAUCGAAUCGGAAAAUAUUACCAAAUCAACGAUGGAAAUUUCAUCCGUGUUAAUGCCCUACACAUUAAGUACUGAGUCAGAAAUCUAUGACAUAGUAAAGCUUUGUCUUUAUGGUGAAGUGGAAGCGAUACAAGUACAUUUUGAACCUGAUAUUCUCUAUUUUGGAGACCUAAUUGUAGGUCAGAUAUCGAAGCGCGUGCUUCGUUUGACAAAUCCUUCUGCCGUUGUACCGAUAUAUCUAGAAUGUGCGCCGAAUGCAGCUAUACGCUGCUAUCCGAAGUGGAUGAAACUCAUGCCAAAAAUGUCGAUCGAAGUUCUUGUUAAAAUUUGCGGCAAAGAAAGCAUUGAACCUUCCUUCAAAUUGUUCUUCAAUGUCGCAGCAGAUUCUCACGAUUCGACUGCAUCAGGACGAUGUUUCUGUAGAAUAAAAGUUGGAAGUUACUUUAUCGUAUGCACGGUGAAUAUUAUUUUCAAGUCCAAAAAGGGACUUCUAAGUAAAAGAAGUUUGCCAACAAAAAUAGUAGACGACGACGAGGAAAUUACGAAACGCCUUCUAAGUUUACCCAAAUGGAAGCUGUUAUAUAAAGACUAUUCGCAAAUGUGUAAAUUUACAGGAAACGUAAAAUCUCCGCUCAAGAAAUCGAUUUUCGCAACCAAGACAGCUGUACUGAUACCUUUAUCGCCUUUACAAAUAUAUAAAGUCCACAUUUAUCCAACCACUUUCGUCUUUGGAAUGGUAGCAUCGAAUAGUUUCAACUAUCGUCGUUUGGUUGCAAAGAAUACGAACGACAUUCCAGUGAUGAUACAAUUAGUAGCUAUGUCAACCAAGAGUAUCUACUUUCCGGAAGGUGAUUCAAUGAUUUUACAACCAGGCUCGAUGAUGACAAAGUUAGUCGAGUAUUUUGCGGACGAAGUUUGCGGCAAGUUUAAUGGAAAUAUCAAUUAUGUGAUUAAUCAUAAUCACUCUUUCGAGCUCAAUAUUACUGCUUGCAUUGUUCGCAAACAAUUGUGUAUCGAUAAAAGAGAGAUUGAAUUUGGGAAAGAAUGGUCGAGAGGAGAAGUUUAUCAACCAAUAGCUUCUAUUAUUCAAAUUAUAAAUAAAUUGAACGCGAAAAUACGCUUCAGGUGGGAAGUAUCAGCGAUGUCUGGAUUCUAUAUAGAACCGAAAUCGGGUUCCGUGCGGGGUAACGCUACUUUAUACGCUUACGUGUAUUACGAAUACGAUAACAUGAAGGAUAAUUACGCUCAAGCGAUAAUGAUGUGCGAGAGUGGAAGUCGUGUGUGUCUGCAACUUAACGCACCGCGAUUUGUGCCGAAGGUUGAAUUCGUGAAUGGUAACGCGAAUCUCGGGCAAAUAUCCCUCAAUCUGCCAACAAAAGUGACCGCAGUUCUCCAAAAUUUUGAAUUUAACGAGGUGACAUACGAGGUAGAUAGUGCUUCAUUGAUACGCGGUUGCAACGUUAAUCCACUGCGAGGGAAAAUAUCUCCGCGCGGUAUCGCAAUUCUUGAGGUAUACCUUACAUUCGACGUUUGCUGUCGCUUUACUACCGUAAUUGCCGUUACGAUUCAAGGGUGCCUACAGUUACUGUAUAGGAUAAAUGGCAAUGUGUCAUUUCCGCGAUUGAAACUUGUGCCUCAACGAAUAGACAUAAGACGCCUUAGCAUCGAUGCUUUUCAAACUCACCAGAUAACAGCCAUGAACGUUGGGACAACGUUAUUGAAACUCCAGGUUUUGUUGGAAGAGUAUCCCGAGUUUCGCGUCUCUCUGUCGGCAAAUGACCAGAGUUCGGAAAUAGGUACGAAAGGGAUAUCCAUCAUCCCAGGUACAAGUCAAAACUUCUAUUUGCACUUUCUACCAGUCGAUUUGGCCAGUUACGCUUUCUAUCUGCCGAUUGUGAUAAAUGAGCUGCUUGGUCCAGUAUCGAUGUUAAAUCCCAAGAGCAUUCGCCCAGCAGAAUUUUUGAAAUCGCAUGAGGCUUAUUAUAUGCAUUUAUCGGGUUUUGCCAUGACGACGUUACCUGAUAAACUGCCAACUGUAUCUAUCGAUUGUACCGUGGCUGGCCGCGUUAUUUUCUUCAGCAAACUUUUGUUUCGAUUCAACGCUUUGACUAACGAAAUAAAUUCGGUUUGGCAAACGUCAGUCAAUGAUCGUAUAGUUGUUCAGUGGACAGCUCAAGGAGAAUGCGUUUGCUCAAAUCAACGAAGCGGCGUAAGAGACACUUGUCCGUUUAAUGUUAGCGUACCUAUACCAUCUUGUAACGUUCAGCUUCGGAGAUGUGUAACUGAAAUGUUUAAAAAAACUCUCGAACCGCGGGAACGUCUAUUCUGGUCCAAAUACUCGAAUACCUAUAUCGAGCUACGAUUAAUAAAGUGGUUGAUGGGAAGUGACAUUGAUUCUGCAGCUCUGGAAUUUGUGCAUGUUUUUAACACCACAGUGACAUAUAAAGUUACGAUUUCGGAUAAAUCAAGUCCUCUUAUUCUACCAGAAUGUUUCACUAUACAAGGCAAGUAA